AUGGCUCAAAGAGUACGUUCAUUUAAUGCUGGCAGCCAGGACCAGGACGAGAACCUCUGCCUUGUAGUCCUUGGAGCUUCUGGAGUAGGAAAGACAGCUAUUAUUUCUCAAUUUCUGGGUCAGAAUUUCAUCACAGAGUAUAAAGGUACGUUCGAGGAGAUCCACAGGCGCACAUAUGACUCAUCAGGAUUGAAUUUGACAGUGGGAAUAGUUGAAAUCAUCAAUGGGGAUGCUGUUCCCACGGUAAGGAAGCAUGCUAUUGCAAAAGGGGAUGCAUUUGUUCUCGUCUAUUCCGUGGAUGACGCAGACUCAUUUGAGCAAAUUUACUCUUUGCGAGAUCUCAUUCUGGAAGAAAAGCAGGAAAACAAUGUUCCCAUUUAUGUGGUUGCCAAUAAGAUAGACAUUGCAGAAGAAAGGAAGACUCCCAUCUGGCAAGUUGCGGACGCGAUUGUUACAAUAGACUGGGGGCACAAGUACACCGAAGUGUCAGCUAGAGACCCCACGCAGAUUGCUGAACUCUUUGAAAGUGCGCUUCGACAUGCUCUCUCAGUGUAUAAAGGCAGGUUUCUAAUGUCACCGAGACGAAUGAUAACACCUGCGUAUCUUUUGUCAGUGAUCAGGGAAAAGCUCCGUUUAAACAGGAGAACAAAUCCAGAUCGGGGAACAAGAUGUAAGAGAUGA